UGGGCCUCCUUCCUUUCCUCCUCCGCUCCCUCCGUCUUCAGUGCGCGCCCCGCGCGGCGCUCGGCCGGCGUGCCUCGCGCCCUAACGGGCGGCUGGGGGCGCCAAUCAGCGGGCGGCAGGGUGCCAGCCCCGGGGCUGCGUCGGCGAAUCGGCGGGGCUCGCGGCCCGGGGUGGGAGGCGGGUCUACCCGCGCGGCCGCGGCGGCGGAGAAGCAGCUCGCCAGCCAGCAGCCCGCGAGCGCCAAGCGAGCCGCCGGGAGCCCCCUCCAUCCCAUCGGAAGAGGAAGGAACAAAAGGUCCCGGACCCCCCGGAGCUGACAGGGCGGAACCCGGCCCCUCUGUGCAGGUUUGGCACAGGAGGCUGUUUUCCUGGUGUGGCUUGCUGCCUUUGGUAAGAACAUGUCGUCCAUCUUGCCAUUCACUCCGCCAGUUGUGAAGAGACUGCUGGGAUGGAAGAAGUCAGCUGGUGGGUCUGGAGGAGCAGGUGGAGGAGAGCAGAAUGGGCAAGAAGAAAAGUGGUGUGAGAAAGCAGUGAAAAGUCUGGUGAAGAAACUAAAGAAAACAGGACGAUUAGAUGAGCUUGAGAAAGCCAUCACUACUCAAAACUGUAAUACUAAAUGUGUUACCAUACCAAGCACUUGCUCUGAAAUUUGGGGACUGAGUACACCAAAUACGAUAGAUCAGUGGGAUACAACAGGCCUUUACAGCUUCUCUGAACAAACCAGGUCUCUUGAUGGUCGUCUUCAGGUAUCCCACCGAAAAGGAUUGCCACAUGUUAUAUAUUGCCGAUUGUGGCGCUGGCCUGAUCUUCACAGUCAUCAUGAACUCAAGGCAAUUGAAAACUGCGAAUAUGCUUUUAAUCUUAAAAAGGAUGAAGUAUGUGUAAACCCUUACCACUAUCAGAGAGUUGAGACACCAGUUUUGCCUCCAGUAUUAGUGCCACGGCACACUGAGAUCCUAACAGAACUACCGCCUCUGGAUGAUUAUACCCACUCCAUUCCAGAAAACACUAAUUUCCCAGCAGGAAUUGAGCCACAGAGUAAUUAUAUCCCAGAAACGCCACCUCCUGGAUAUAUCAGUGAAGAUGGCGAAACAAGUGAUCAACAGUUGAAUCAAAGUAUGGACACAGAUUUGCAGCCAGUUACUUACUCAGAACCUGCAUUUUGGUGUUCAAUAGCAUAUUAUGAAUUAAAUCAGAGGGUUGGAGAAACCUUCCAUGCAUCACAGCCCUCACUCACUGUAGAUGGCUUUACAGAUCCAUCAAAUUCAGAGAGGUUCUGCUUAGGUUUACUCUCCAACGUUAACCGAAAUGCUACAGUAGAAAUGACAAGAAGGCAUAUAGGAAGAGGAGUGCGCUUGUAUUACAUAGGUGGGGAAGUUUUUGCUGAGUGCCUAAGUGAUAGUGCAAUCUUUGUGCAGAGCCCCAAUUGCAAUCAGAGAUACGGCUGGCACCCUGCCACAGUGUGUAAAAUUCCACCAGGCUGUAAUCUGAAGAUCUUCAACAACCAGGAAUUCGCUGCUCUUCUGGCUCAGUCUGUUAAUCAGGGUUUUGAAGCCGUGUAUCAGCUAACUAGAAUGUGCACCAUAAGAAUGAGUUUUGUGAAAGGUUGGGGAGCAGAAUAUCGAAGGCAGACGGUAACAAGUACCCCUUGCUGGAUUGAACUUCAUCUGAAUGGACCUCUACAGUGGUUGGACAAAGUAUUAACUCAGAUGGGAUCCCCUUCAGUGCGUUGCUCAAGCAUGUCAUAAAGCUUCGUCACCAAUCAAGUCCCAUCAAAAGACUUAAUGUAACAACUCUUCUGUCAUAGUAUUUGUGUGUGGUCCCCAUGGACUGUUGACUAUCCAAAAAUUCAAGAGAGAAAACAGCACUUGAGGUCUCAUCAGUUAAAGCACCUUGUGGAAUCUGUUUCCUAUAUUUGAAUAUUAGAUGGGAAAAUUAGUGUCUAGAAAUACCCUUCCAUAAAGGAGGAAGAGAAGAUUUUAAAGACUUAAAUGAUGUCUUAUUGGGCAUAAAACUGGGUGUCCCAAAGGUUUAUUAAUAACAGUAGUAGUUAUGUGUACAGGUAAUGUAUCAUGAUACAGUAUCACAGUAUUGUGCUGUUUAUAUACAUUUUUAGUUUGCAUAAAUGAGGUGUGUGUGUGCUGCUUAUCGAUCUAGGCAAGGCCUUUAUAAAGUUAUAGUACCUAA